GGCGAGCUACCAUUGCUUCUCCUUGCCCGAUCGUGAUCGGAUGGGUUUCCACUUUCCAUAAACCCUAUUCCUGUGUCACUGGCACCUUAAUUCUGGAGAUCCAGUUCGUAGUUUCAUCUAUGGCGCUCCAAGGAACUGCCACCCUCACCUUCAGUGGACUUUCUUCUACCACAAAAGAGUUUAAUUUCUUGCCCGGUUCAUUCAUUAAUAGCUUUGGGAAGCUUCAACAUGUUUCUCUGCCUUCCUUGACGAAAAACAAGUUAGUGUUAGGCAAAAGCCUUGGAAGAUUGAGGAGACUAGAGAGAGUAAAAAGAGAAGACUCAGAGAGUAUGUUGAGCAGUGAGAGCAUUGCACUGGAUGAGCAGACUUUGGAGGAGGAGCUGCAUAAUGCCAUUGCAGAAGAGAACUAUGCUAAAGCAGCAGAAAUCAGAGAUGCUCUGAAGAACCUUCAGAAAGACAUCAAGACCACAGUAUUGGGAGCCAACAGCCGGUUUUACGAUUCAUUUAGGACUGGGGAUCUUGCAGCAAUGCAAGCUCUUUGGGCCAGAAGGGAUGAGGUAUGUUGUGUCCACCCUGGUUUGAAAGGAAUAUCUGGUUAUGAUGAUGUUAUAGAGAGCUGGAAUUUUGUGUGGGCCAACUAUGAAUUCCCGUUGGAGAUUAAGCUAGAAGACAUUAAGGUUCAUGCUAGAGGGGAUAUGGGAUAUGUCACAUGCAUGGAAUUCGUAAAGACAAAAGGAGGAAGAUGGGGAGGACAGUUUGUGACAAAUGUGUUUGAGAGGAUUGAUGGCCAGUGGUUUAUUUGUAUUCAUCAUGCUUCCCCAAUAGACUUGUGAAUUCUUCAAAGUUUACUCCUGACAUUCUCUUUCCCAA